AUGUUGGCGACAUGUGCACUUCAUUUCACAGAGCACAUAUACUGUACAAACUCUAUGGCGGUCUUUGAUUCGCUCGUCAUUCACAGAUGUUCACGACAUACCGAUCGUGACUUGCUGUGUUGUGGAUCGUCCCGGCGAAGUUGCGUAUUGCUAAUAAGGAGUGAUUGAAUUUAGUUUAAUUUAUUUCUUGUAUAACGUCUUUUAACUCUUUGAAAUGAGUCUGGGAUUUCCCCCUUUGAAGCCACAGGCUACAGCACCGAUAAAAGCUCCUGUCAAAGAAGGGCACUAUGGAAUACCUGAUCCAAUGAUAUUUGGACUUGGUGCUACUACAAAAGAAAAGUUGGUACAAUCGCAUCCUUUGGAAUUGUCAGAAGCUAAAUAUGCUGAAAAUCAAUUCAAAAUGAACAUGGUGACCUUACGAAAUGUACAAGGUUUACAUGCACCUUUGCGCAUUGGAAUGGAAUUGGCGGCUGCACGUAGAGUAGGACAUUUGCCCUUCCUUUCUUCAUCUCGAGCAAUGGAGGAAGUAAUCACUGGGCGUGAUGAAGAGAUCGGUUUUGAGGAUAUCUUAAAUACUGAUGAAUUCCGUGAACAAAUGGGUCGGCCUUCUUUAGUUAUUGAAAAAUAUUGGGGUUGAAUAUAAUUUUAGGUUGAUCAAUAAAUUUCUCUCCUUUCUCACUUAUUUUACCCAUUUUUGGGGACCCUGAAGAACUCUAAAUAUGACAACUGUAAAUCUAACAAUGUAGACCUUCAUCUACAUUUACGAUAUUCUCUUUUAUGGAAAUAUAUAUUUCUUUUGUGGAUUUUCUCCAAGAAAGUGAUGUUAAGGUCAUGAAAUACUUCAAUAAAUUUAAAAGUGCAUUUUUAAAACAUUUAUUUUCUGCCACACAAAACCAACAACUGGUUGAUUGUUAAACUUUUUCCUUCAAUGUAGGUAAGCUCUUACCAUUCACUUCAUCAUACCCUAAUGAGCAUCCAUAAAAGUUUUGGAAUUGCUCCUUUCACGUUUUGUUCAUCUCCCACAUGUGCUACUUUUUCUCUAUUCUAUAGAAUAGAAAGUGACAAAUCCCAAAAAUGCUGACAGUUUGAUUAAUAAAGUUAUACUCAAUUAAAUGUAAUUCCAUCAUAGAAGUUUUGUAGGUACCAAUGAAUGUAGUGUAUCAUUUUUUAAUGUUACAGCACGUAGUAGUAGUAGUAUAGUAGUAGCGUAGUAGUAGUAAAUAGCUGUGGGAUGUAAAUUAAUGUUUACAAGAUAUCUUAAAGAAACUCGCUUUGUAUUUCUACCAUUUUUCUUGCGUAUAAUUGAUCAUUUGCAAAAAGACUGUAGGCAAACUACGUUUUCUCACAUCUUGGAUUUAAUUUACUGGACAAUUGAUACUCGUGGAAGGAAGAAAAGAAAGAGUUUCAUGUCGUGAUCUCUUUGUGUGUAGAAAGAAACAUGCACGAUUUGAUCUUUGCUGACAUUCACUGUAGCAUGACGGAGCUACACAGUUGUAGACUUAAGGUCCUUUUUGUUUUUUUUACCUUUGAAAUGGUUUUUAAACAAAUAAUUACAUGAAAUGUAUUUCUCAAAUAUUUUGGAAGAAAACCUGAGAAUUAAUUAAAACAAAUGGUCUAUUCUUAGGUAUAAAACUUUCUUGGAAUAUUUUUUAAAAGUUUUCAAUAAAAACCUCAAAAAU